UUUCUGACGGUCACGGCCCAUCAGCCAAUCAAAAGCUGUCUUAAGAAAACAGGCGGGCUUUAGCUGUCACUCGCGUCUUCUUCUUUGGUGCAACUGGAUUCAACUUCCGGCUGCAUCGUCCUCUGGAAACCACAACCAUGGGCAGUGUUUUGGCUGCCAGUUCCCCCAACCCUCCACCACCAACCUCUGGCGGUGCUCCUGCCCCUGGGUUGACGGUGCCGCCGGGCUUUGGGAUGCCUCCAGUCUCCCCAGUCAUACCCCCAGCUGGGGCGGCCUCUGGACAGCAGCAGGAGGCAGAAAACCCUUUGCCUAACCCAGGAGCGUUCGAUGAGUGUCAUCGCAAAUGCAAAGAGGUUUUCCCAAUGCAGAUGGAAGGCGUCAGGCUAGUUGUCAACAAAGGCCUUAGCAACCACUUCCAGGUGAAUCACACAGUGCUGCUGAGCACCAUGGGCGAUUCCAGCUACAGGUUUGGUGCUACGUAUGUUGGAUCAAAGCAGACAGGUCCAGCAGAGUUCUUUCCAGUCAUGGUGGGAGACAUGGACAACACUGGCAGCCUUAACGCCCAGAUCAUCCACCAGAUCACCAAUAGAAUACGAUCUAAAGUGGCCUUCCAGACACAACAACAGAAGUUUGUGAACUGGCAAGGUGAUGCUGAGUUCAGGGGAGAAGAUUUUACUGCAACUGUUACACUCGGAAACCCAGAUGUCCUCGUUGGCUCUGGUAUUGUUGUAACACACUACCUCCAGUCCAUAACGCCGGCUCUGGCUCUGGGAGGGGAGCUGGUUUACCACCGCCGGCCAGGAGAGGAGGGCACAGUGAUGUCUUUAGUUGGCAGAUACACAGGCAGCAACUACAUCGCCACGUUGACACUCGGCUCAGCAGGAGCUCACGCUUCAUACUACCACAAAGCUAAUGAUCAGUUGCAGGUCGGUGUAGAGUUUGAGGCGAGCACCCGCAUGCAAGACACAAGUGUGUCGUUCGGUUACCAGCUAGACGUGCCUAAAGCCAAUUUACAGUUUAAAGGUUCUAUAGACAGUAACUGGAUAGUUGGUGCUACAUUAGAAAAGAAGUUGCUCCCUCUGCCGCUCUCUCUCGUCCUUUGCGCCUUCCUCAACCACCACAAGAACAAGUUCCAGUGCGGUUUCGGUGUCACUAUCGGUUAGACUGACUGAACCGUUAACGACCGGCAGACGGACUUCACAGGACGAACGGACUCACAACGGACAAACAGACUAUGCCAUGUGCUGUACACUACUGUGUGUCCCAUCACCUCAAACUGUCUCCAACCUCUUUAGCAGAUUCGGCCAUUAUCGUGUUAUUGGUUUCCUAGAUCAUGUUUAAUCAAAUAUGACGAGUAGAAACACUGAAAGGUAAUAAUGUAAAUCUUAAUGACUUUAAUCCUUUAAUCGCCUGAUGAUCAGAAGUGGAAUUUGUUGACUGUGGACUCUUGACACAAACACACAAAACAAUAGACUGUAGAAAGACGUAACACAUUACGAGACAUUAAGGAAUUACAGAGCUCUUUGUUUUUGUCACUGAGUUCAGUGCCUGUCGCGUAUUCUGUUUUGAAUUUUAUUCUUUUUUUACUGUAAAGUCUGUCUUGGCGUGCAGUGAAUGAAAUCAUUGUCAUUUGCUUGUUUAACGGUGAUUUGUUGGUUACAGACGAGUUUACUGGCUGUCAGGAGGGAGUUUGCUGUACUGUAUGUCACGUUCACAAUCCAUCACUUGUUUUGUUGCCUUUUUUAUGUUCCAUACAUUUGGAUCAGUAUAUAUGACCUGUAUAUACCUCUUGGAAACUGAUAAAUACCAUUUCUUACAAAAAAAGCUGCCUGUCU